GUGGCACAAGAGCACUUGUAGCUCUGCAAUGAUGAACUACUCACUACCUAAGAAAAGCAGUAGCAGCAGAAGAAGAAAGCUUUUAGCGGCCUCCUCACCUUCCUUUUUUACUUCCCUUUAAUUCCUAAAAUCGAGUUAGUGAUGGAUGACAUAUAGCUUUUGCUAGCUAGUGUAAAAACUCUCUCUCUUCCCCUUCCUAGCCGGUUAUCGCCUAUAUAUAUAUAUAUAUACAUAUCUCUCCCUUACACUUGCUUCUCUGUCAAGGAGGGAGUUCAAUCACCCUAAAAAGGAACGAUCUUGAUCAUAUAUAUAGUACUUGGGUCCUCGUAAUAUUUCUUGUGGGAUUGGUUGGGGAGUGAUCUGCUACUGUUCCAUAUAUACCAAGAGACAAGAAAAAAGAAAAAAGAAAAAGACAGCAUGGGUGUGGAGGGUGUGGAGGUUGUGGUAGUGGUGAGAGAAUUCGACUCGAAGAAAGACGUUGUGGGAGUGGAAGAUGUGGAGAGGAGGUGUGAGGUCGGACCCAGCGGCAAGCUCUCCCUCUUCACCGACCUCCUGUGUGACCCUAUUUGCAGGGUCCGCCACUCUCCUGCUUUCAUCAUGCUGGUGGCUGAGAUGGGGGAGGAGAAAGAGAUAGUGGGCAUGAUCAGGGGCUGCAUCAAGACCGUUACAUGCGGUAAGAAGUUCACCAGAAAUGCAAAAACCAACGCUGAAACUUUCAAACCGGUCCCUGUUUACACCAAACUGGCCUACAUCUUGGGCCUCCGAGUCUCGCCCUCCCACCGGAGGAUGGGAAUAGGGUUAAAGCUGGUGCGUCGAAUGGAGGAGUGGUUUCGAGAGAAUGGCGCCGAGUAUUCGUAUAUGGCAACCGAUAACGACAAUCUAGCUUCCGUCAAACUCUUCACCGACAAAUGCGGCUACGUCAAGUUCCGUACGCCGUCUAUCCUUGUCAACCCCGUCUUCGCUCACCGAGUCCGGCUCUCCGACCGAGUCACCGUCAUCCAACUCGAUCCCUCCGACGCCGAGGUACUCUACCGCCGGCGAUUCUCAACCACCGAGUUCUUCCCUCGCGACAUUGACUCGGUGCUCAACAACAAACUCAGCCUAGGGACCUUCCUCGCGGUGCCACGUGGGACUUAUAGCGUCCAGAACUUUCCCGGGUCGGAUCGGUUCCUGGAUCACCCGCCCGAGUCGUGGGCUGUACUGAGUGUUUGGAACUCUAAGGACGUGUUCACGCUGGAGAUCCGGGGUGCGUCGCGCGUGAAGCGCGCCCUCGCCAAGACGACCCGGAUCGUUGACCGGGCCUUUCCCUGGCUGCAAUUGCCGUCCGUGCCGGAGUUGUUCAGGCCUUUUGGGCUGCACUUCUUGUACGGUCUGGGAGGGGAAGGCCCACGCGCUGUGAAUUUGGUCAAGGCGUUGUGCGGGUACGCCCACAAUCUGGCUAAGGCGUGUGGGUGUGGGGUGGUGGCCACGGAGGUUUCCAGUAGCGAGCCGCUCAGGUUAGGAAUCCCGCACUGGAAGAAGCUAUCGUGCGCCGAGGACUUAUGGUGCAUCAAGAAACUCGGGGAGGACUAUUGUGACGGCUCUGUCGGUGACUGGACCAAAUCACCCCCUGGCUGGUCCAUUUUUGUCGACCCCAGAGAGGUCUAAUCUCGUAAAAAGAAACCAAAUUAGCCCCAACAGAACACGAAUCGUUUAAUUUUCUUUUUGUUUUUUUUCAACUUUGUAGGGUGAGGAUUUUGAGGGUGGAGAGAAAAGAGAGAAUGAAGAAGAUAUGGGUUUUGUUUGUAAAAAAAGAGAAUAUCCCAUAACUUUUUUUUUUUUUUUUUUUUUUUUCCUUCGUGUAAAUGGAUGUGGCUUUUUAGAUCCUCUUCGAGCAAAACGCAGCCUUAGUUUGGUGUGGGGUUGGUUAUCUUUUGGGGCCUUUGCCUUUUACGUAUUCAAAUCAAAAGAACGGUUAUCUCUAACGGGACUUGGAAAUCAUGUGUCCAUUGAGAAUAUCCUGUGUAAGUAGAAUAGCCUUUUCAACGGACACUUUUGGACGGGACGUAUCA